GCGUGAGCGUGCGCGGGCGCGUCGGCCGGCGAGGGAGCAGCAAACGGCCGGCGGCAGGCGCCGCGCGGGGGGCGGGCGGCGCGGAGGCGGCGGUGGCCAUGGCCGAGGCGUCGCCGCAGCCCGGACGGUACUUUUGCCACUGCUGCUCGGUGGAGAUCGUGCCGCGCCUGCCGGAUUACAUCUGCCCAAGGUGUGAGUCUGGCUUCAUUGAGGAGCUUCCAGAAGACGCCAGGAACACGGAAAAUGGCUCUGCCCCCUCCACAGCCCCCACCGACCAGAACCGGCAGCCAUUUGAGAGUGUGGACCAGCACCUGUUCACGCUGCCGCAGGGGUACAGCCAGUUUGCAUUCGGCAUCUUCGACGAUAGCUUUGAGAUUCCCACUUUCCCUCCUGGGGCGCAGGCCGAUGAUGGCAGAGACCCUGAGAGCCGACGAGAGAGAGAACACCAGUCUCGGCAUCGGUAUGGGGCCCGGCAGCCCCGGGCCCGCCUCACAGCCCGGCGGGCCACUGGCCGGCAUGAAGGCGUCCCCACGCUGGAAGGGAUCAUCCAGCAGCUCGUGAAUGGCAUCAUCUCCCCCGCCGCUGUACCUAGCCUGGGCCUUGGUCCCUGGGGCGUCCUGCACUCGAACCCAAUGGACUACGCCUGGGGGGCCAACGGCCUGGACGCCAUCAUCACGCAGCUCCUCAAUCAGUUUGAGAACACGGGCCCCCCACCUGCGGACAAGGAGAAGAUCCAGGCCCUUCCCACGGUCCCCGUCACAGAGGAGCACGUGGGCUCGGGGCUGGAGUGCCCGGUGUGCAAAGAUGACUACGCGCUGGGUGAGAGCGUGCGGCAGUUGCCCUGCAACCACCUGUUCCACGACAGCUGCAUUGUGCCCUGGCUAGAGCAGCAUGACAGCUGCCCAGUCUGCCGCAAGAGCCUCACUGGACAGAACACGGCCACCAAUCCCCCAGGCCUGACCGGGGUGGGUUUCUCCUCAUCCUCCUCAUCCUCCUCGUCCAGCUCGCCCAGCAACGAGAACGCCACAAGCAACUCCUGAGUCCCACCUGGCCAUCCCCCCGGGGCUCGGUCAUCCCACACACCCUCGGUGCCCCAGCACCACCAUGGCCGUGGACUAGAGGUGCUGCCCCAUGGCGGCCGGCAGCACCUGGCAGGCCCCAGGCUGCGGUAGGCUCGGACUUGGCCAUGGUCGCUCCUGUUUGGAGGUGCGCACGUGGGCCCCAUGUCCCCAGCAGGCGCCUUCAGUCCGUCUUUAACCUCACCCUCCAAAUGUUCAACGGCAGAAGGGUUUUUAUGAUUUUAAAUUAUUACUGCUUUGAAAUAAAUGGACGUUUGAGCCACGCGA